GAAACACAAUAGAGUAAAAAUAAAAUAAAUAAGACAAAAUCCGAGGAACCAAAAUCAUUCGCCGAGGCUCCGUCGCUCGAUUUCUUUCUCUCGUUAUCUAGAAUCCUCCGUCUCGUCCUCGUCUUCUUACAGCUUCGAAAGGUUCUUAGAGCAUGGGGAACAAGCCUGUGAAACAAGAAAGGGAAGAGAUUCUUGUGAAGAUCGUACCCCCUCUUGACCGAGCAUACGUACGGUGGCUUGCACGGGACCUAGAAAGGAUCCAUGGCUUCACCCCAAGGAAACCCUGUGCCGUGAGGCCGCCAGACCACUACAUUGAGUACAUGCGCUUGAAUGGGUGGCUGGAUGUAAGCUUGGAUGAUCCUGAUCUAGCACACUUGUUCAAGUAGAUAGAUCGGUUUGCAAGGUUUCGUAGUAGAAAAAUGUUGAGCCAACUGCUGGGUACCCUUUCAAAAGCGCGACGAGCGCAACACUCGGCAUGUUCUAGUGUUAUUUCUUGUGCAAAUGGAUCGUGAGCAUUCAUUCAGAUGAGUUCCCAGCACUUGAGCUCUUUUCCAGCAGGAGUUUUGUUUCCUUCAGUACUAAUGGAGGGAAAGAAUAUCCUCUUAUCCCCAGCUUUUUCCCUUC